ACUCGCGAAUCCUGCGCCAGUAAACAAGAUGGGACUUUAUAGUGCAGUGAGCGUAUUGGCGCUAGUGGCCUUAGCUUACGCUUCAGUAAGUGACAAUGAUAUCGACGGAGGGGAAAGAGUGGUUCUGGUCGCGCCGGUUUUAGCGCCCCCUAGGGACUCAAGGACUCAUGUCACUGACCGUGCGCGCCAGUUCCCCAUAUUAGUGCUCCUUGCUCAGAGGAACCCACCCCCGAGGGAGCCGCAGGCUAAAUCGCUGGGUGUGAACCCACAACCAGUUUAUGUGCAGAAAUUAGAAGACCAACCGAGAUCCGGUCAAUUGAAUAGACAGAAGCGUCAUCUACAUAAACUAUUAGGGUUAGGAUUAGGACAUGGAGGAGGAGGUGGUAUUUCAAUCGGUGGCGGUUUCGGAUAUGGCGGCGGCGGUGGCUAUGGCGGCGGCGGCGGCGGAGGCUGGGAUGGAGGUUAUGGAGGGCAUGGACAUGGCGGUGGUUAUCAAGAGCCCACGAAGGUGAUAGUUGUGAAAGAAAUUGUGAAAGAACAUGGCCAUGGUCAUGGUAAACAUUACGGUGGCGGCGGCGGCAACUAUGGCGGCGGCAACUACGGCGGCGGCGGCGGCAACUAUGGAGGCGGCGGCAGCUAUGGUGGUGGUUAUGGCGGCGGAUAUGGCGGUGGAUUCGGCGGCGGCGGCGGCGGCGGCGGUGGCGGCGGUGGAUUCGGCGGCGGCGGUGGCGGCGGCGGCGGUGGAUAUGGCGGUGGCUAUGAUGGAGGAUAUGGCGGCGGAAAUAUCGGACAUGGAGGAUAUGGCGGCGGGAAUCUCGGACAUGGAGGAUAUGGUGGUGGAAAUUUGGGACAUGGCGGAGGCUGCGGUGGUGGAUGCGGUGGCAAUGGCGGGGGUCAAGCCACGGCCACCGCUACGGCUACUGCGACGGCGCACGCUAAUGCGUACAAAAAACGUAAAUAAACCACCAUGAAGAUAGCCCAAUGGAAACUCAAACGCCAUUUGAACACCAAAUUACCUAAUCAUCAAGUAUUGUUAAUUAUACCAACAAUAUAAUGUGAGGAUUCAACUUUAUAUUAUGUAGUACUCUGUGAUUCUGAUUAGGAUUAAAACUAGGUAUUUAUAUCAAUUACUAACAACUUGCAUACAAAUUAAAUGCCAAUAGUGUAUGCUUCGGUGGUCGAACGAACGAAUUGUCAUGAUAGAAUGCUAAAGAGUUGCAUGUUUUAUUUGUGAGGCAGUAAUUUGCAUAGCUCAAGCAAAAGUGCCAUCUACUUUCUUCUGUUUAUGUAAGUUAAUAAUAAUUAAUAAAAAAACCUACGUAAAAUAAGCAAGCAAUAUUUAACAUAGUCUGAUAAAUUAAUAAUAAUUAAUAGAUAUGUUUUAGAUAGGUAAUUAUCUAAUGAAAUAUCUUGUGAUAAGUUCUCGUUUUGCAACCUAUCAGUAACUCUAUGGAAAACAGGAUUUAUUUCAUGGAACUAAGUAUUUUGAAUAAAAAAAAUGUAUUGAU